AAUGAAUAUGGCCUAUGUCCAGACGGCGAGAGAUUUAAGAUGUAAGGAGUUGGACAGAGGCCAGAAGGUGCGGGCCUCUUUUCAUUGUUGAAUGCAGAGGAGGUUGAUGCAGAAAUGGCAUCAAAGUAGCGUGCGUUUCGAUGAUCGAUUGCCACUUCCAAUGACGGCAUCAUCCCGUCACUUGGAUCACGCUUUCCAAUUUGGUGUCUCCUAUUUUCGUCUAGACUGCCAUGAACAUCAUGGAGAAAUAUUUUCAAAGCCUUGCUGGGUCUAUGGUGUCAGAGUGCUACACGGAAGACGCAUAUGUGGAAAGCGUGAGCAAUUUGAGACUUAAGUUGUUCACUACUUUAUCGACUGAAAGGUCGAUCUCUUUUCUGGCCUUUGAACAUAACGCUUCGGUUUACAAAGACGGAAAGAACACCUGCCUCCACAAAUUACUGACAGCAUUUGAAGAACAUCACGAACAUGGAGUUUUCGUUGACGGCCUUGAGGUCAGACACCUGUGGGGACACCAUCGACUAUCCGGGAACGUAUGGAAUGCAGUUGUCGAUGUCUAUUUUGUCAUUGCGGAGAACCAGGAUAGAAUAACAGUAGCAGGUUCACGCUGUGAAGGCCUAUGGCCAGAAGGUGAGGAGUUCACGGAAGGACAUAUAUGGUGAGGUCUCAUGAUGAAGAUUCAUAUGUUAUUGAGUGGAAAUCAAGUUAGCUCGUGAGAGUAUUUCAGGAUGUUUAACUAUCACCUUGCCAGGAUUUCCUGCAGUGCAUACUAUGAAAUUCAUGUAGCAUAUAGUGAUUGAUUAAUUUAAAGCAAACCUGAAUCAUUUCUGAGAGCGAUGCUGUUAUGCUGAUGCAUUGAGAAAAAGUAUAAUAGAUGCAUUUUC